AUGGCUGCUGACACUGAGCCUAUUGAGAUUUUGCUACAUCUUCCUCUACUUUGCGAGGACAAGAAUGUUCCAUACGUUUUUGUUCCUUCAAAGACUGCUUUGGGUAGAGCCUGUGGUGUUUCGAGACCCGUCAUUGCUUGUUCUAUUACGACCAAUGACGCUUCUUCUAUCAAGAGCCAAGUCUACGCGGUCAAGGACAAGAUUGAGACUUUGUUGAUUUGA